AUGUUCUCACAUUUGCCUUUUUCGUUUCUCGCACGUUUAUUCGGCUACUUUUUUCACUUCUCUUCGCCAUUAAACCAGUUUCAUAAAUAUUAUUUCUUUAGUUCUCGAGCUCUCUAUCUAUCUCUCUAUCUAGAAUUAUCUAUCUCUCUAUCUAGAGCUAUCUUGAGCUAUCUAUCCGUCUAUCUAGAGCUAUCUAUCUCUCUAUCUACAGCUAUCUCUCUAUUUAGAGCUAACUGGAGCUAUCUAUCUCUAUCUACAUCUAUCUACCUCUCUAUCUUGAGCUGUCUGUCUCUCUAUCUAGAGUUAUCUAUCUCUCUCUGUAGAAGCUAUCUAUCUCUCUAUCUACAGAUAUCUAUCUCUCUCUCUAGAGUUAUCUAUUUCUCUAUCUACAGCUAUCUAGAGCUAUCUCUCUCUCUCUCUCUCUCUAUUGACAGCUAUCUAUCUCUCUAUCUAGAGCUAUAUAAGCUAUCUAUCUCUCUAUCUACAGAUAUCUAUCUCUCUAUCUCGAGUUAUCUAUUUCUCUAUCUACAGCUAUCUAGAGCUCUCUCUCUCUCUCUCUAUCUCUCGACAGCUAUCUCUCUCUCUCUAUCUAGAGCUAUAUACUAUCUAUCUCUCUAUCUACAUCUAUCUCUCUCUAUCGAGAGCUCUAUCGAUCUACAGCUAUCUAGAGCUAUCUCUCUCUCUCGACAGCUAUCUAUCUCUCUAUCUAGAGCUAUCUAUCACUCUAUCCAGAGCUGCUAUCUAGACUAUUUUUAUUUAUUUUUUUCCAUAAUUCAAAUCCUUCUUUGUACAAGUCAGGGAUUCUUCCUUGUCUUAUUUUCUGCAUAUUUUUACUUACUUAUGAAUCAUUUCCUUUUCUUUCUUCCCUCCCAGCCUUUUCUGCUUUCUUUGGGCUUACUCUUUCUAUCACGAUCAUUCCUCGUUGCAGAUGGCUUUCUGAAAAUGAUAUCUAGAUUGUACGGAACAGGUGGCAGAGUUAGAAGGCGUUAA